GUCAUCCUUCCAGUCCCUCUAUCCGUUCCUUGUCAAAUAUGCAUGAAGUAGAGGGCACAAUGGUCUUUCUGUGACAAGCAUCCAUCCAUCACACGUCACAGUCUCUCCCUUUCCGUUGUAGCCCUAAAUUAAAACCCAGUACUCUCUCUUUCUGUUAUUUUCUGGAUCAGUUGCGGAGGGUUUUUAGUAACAAAAAAUGGGAAGAGAAAUAGAGAAGGGUGGUCAAAAGCAGCAGCAACAGACGGCGGCGUCGUACACGGUGGAGCACCUGGUUGCCGUCAAUCCUUAUAAUCCCGACAUCCUUCCCGAUCUCGAAAACUAUGUCAACGAGCAGGUUUCAUCACAAACAUACAGCUUGGAUGCUAAUCUUUGUCUUCUCCGCCUCUAUCAGUUUGAGCCAGAAAGAAUGAGUACCCAAAUUGUUGCCCGCGUUUUGGUUAAGGCUCUUAUGGCAAUGCCAGCUCCAGAUUUCAGCCUUUGUCUCUUUUUAAUCCCAGAACGAGUGCAAAUGGAGGAUCAAUUCAAGACUCUAAUUGUUCUCUCACACUAUUUGGAGACAGCAAGAUUCCAUCAGUUCUGGGAUGAAGCAGCUAAAAACCGCCACAUAGUUGAAGUUGUGCCUGGAUUUGAACAAGCAAUUCAAGCCUAUGCAAUUCAUGUCCUUUCACUGACUUACCAAAAGGUUCCGAGGUCUGUUCUUGCUGAGGCCAUAAACAUAGAAGGUCUAUCUCUGGACAAGUUCCUUGAGCACCAGGUAGCAAACUUUGGUUGGGUUCUUGAGAAAGGUCAAGGUAGGGGCCAACUCAUUGCCCUACCUCACAAUGAGUUCAACCAUCCAGAGCUAAAGAAGAGUACUGCUGAUAGCAUUGUGUUGGAGCACAUUACCCGUAUCUUCCCCAUUCUUGGCUGAGCUAUGGACAGGAGGAUACUGGAAUGUUAAAUGUUUUCUUGUUUUAAGCAGCUUAUUGGGAGUACAAUUAUCUAAUUGAGUUGUAGCACCACCUUUUGAAUCUGAGGCACAUGCAUAGAUGUUCCAUUUUGAGUAACUCAGUAACCUUGCCCUUUUUAUAUGCAAAUUGCAAACUGUGGUCUUUUGAUGUUGGGAAACGUUUAAUUUACUAAAAUGAUAGAUUUGUGGCCUUAUGCCAAGCUCUUUUCAUAGGAUAUAUACCAGUUGUUAUACUGAUUUUCUACCCAAG